GGCCCCAUCAGCUGGUAGGAAAUGGCCUGUGAGUCAGAGGGGCAGCGGAGUCUGCGGCGCGGAGCCGGGGCGGCCCCGGGGAGGGACCGUCGCGGGGAGGGGUGCAACAGCGGCUAGAGGGGCUUCGGACGCCAGGGCCCGCUAGUGUUGCACACGAAGCUGAUCAAAGAAGAGCCAAGCAAAAGCAAAGCUCUCAGCCUAAGCCACCCUUUGUCUGGGUUGGGGGCCCGUAGCAGGGGGGACUGGUUAUCCGAGGGGAGGGACCGAGACGGGACGGGACGGGACGGAAGGGCCCGGAGCAGCGGCCACCGCAGCGGAGCCAAUUUGGGAGCGGGGGUCCAGCUGAGCCCGGGAGCUGCACGGAAUGGUGGCAGUCACCUUGCCAGUGCAGUGGGCAUGGACCAGACUGAAAGCUAGAGGAACCAGACAUCAGACAGGAAGAGGGGACACACACCUGGGCUUGAGGCUUCUUCAUCGGGAUGUCCCCAGGCCCCCCAGCCCAGGCCCAGCAUAAAGGCCGUGUGGGGGGGCCCCCCUGACCCAAGGGGGGCUUCAUGCGCCACGUGCAGGCGGAGCCGUCUCCAUCCUCAGAGCCAGAGGCUGGCCCUUCACAGCCUCCAGUCAGACAGGGGACCCUCCAGGGUGGCCUGCUCAUGGGCUACAGCCCAGCAGGGGGGGCGACAUCCCCCGGGGUCUACCAGGUAUCCAUCUUUUCCCCUCCAGCUGGUGCCUCUGAGCCUCCUAGGGCUCUGAAGCGGCCGGCCCCUCCCACUGAGGGUCCCCGGGAGCUGAAGAGAGGCCCUGGGCUGGGGGCCAGAGAGGGACUACCCCCUGAAGAACCAUCUACUGUGGGACUGUUGGGCCCAGAGGAACUGGGUCUGGGACUGGGUGUGGCCAGCCAGCAUUUCUCCCAUCAUGGCCUCUGUGUUGUGGAACAGGGAGGUAGUGCCACCUCGCCUUGGACUUCAGGGACCGGGAGUACCCCUUGGCCCUCAUCAAAUGCUUCCUGCAAUACUUUGCACACCAGAGACUGGGUUUUCCCAGAUCAAGGGGGACAGGGGUACCUGGGGGAGUCUCCAGGGCCAGCCCCUUCAGGCCAGCUGCACACACUUGACACUGAUUUGCACAAUCUUGCACAAAUAGGGAGUAAGAGCCCCAUGGCUAGGGUGGGCAACGGGAACAGCCCCUGGCCUAGGGAGUCCCCUGGAACUGCCAAUGGGCACAGUCCCGAGCACACCCCCCCUGGCCCUGGCCCUCCAGGCCCCUGCCCCACCAAGCGAAGGCUGCUGCCUGCUGGAGAAACCCUGGAUGUCCGCUCUGAGGAAGAGGGGCCAGCCCCUCGGAGGCGCCGGGGAACCCUGGGCUGCCCUCUUGCUGCCAAUAGUUCUGAUGCCAAAGCCACACCCUUCUGGAGCCACCUGCUGCCCGGGCCCAAGGAGCCUGUUUUGGACCCAACAGACUGCAGUCCCAUGGGGCGGAGGCUGAAAGGUGCCCGUCGCCUGAAGCUAAGCUCCCUCCGAAGCCUCCGGAAGGGGCCAGGCCUGCUGAGCCCUCCCAGUGCCUCCCUCUCCCCCACCCCCGCUGUCAGCCGUACCCUGCUGGGCAACUUCGAGGAAUCAUUGCUUCGAGGACGCUUUGCACCAUCUGGCCACAUUGAGGGCUUUACUGCGGAGAUUGGAGCCAGUGGGUCUUACUGUCCCCAGCAUGUCACGCUGCCUGUCACUGUCACCUUUUUUGAUGUUUCUGAGCAAAAUGCCCCGGCUCCCUUCUUGGGUGUCGUGGACCUGAAUCCUCUGGGGAGGAAGGGUUACAGUGUGCCCAAGGUGGGCACCAUCCAAGUGACCUUAUUUAACCCCAACCAGACCGUGGUGAAGAUGUUCCUUGUGACCUUUGACUUCUCGGACAUGCCUGCUGCCCACAUGACCUUCCUGCGCCAUCGCCUCUUUUUGGUGCCUGUGGGUGAGGAGGGGAAUGCGAGCCCCGCCCACCGCCUCCUCUGCUACCUGCUGCACCUCAGGUUCCGGAGUUCCCGCUCAGGCCGCUUAAGCCUGCAUGGAGAUAUCCGCCUGCUUUUUUCCCGCCGGAGCCUGGAGCUGGACACGGGGCUCCCCUAUGAACUGCAGGCUGUGACUGAGGCCCCCCACAAUCCACGUUAUUCACCUUUGCCCUAAUUGCCAUCGUCCUGAAGCGAGGUGGGCCCAAAGCCUGCCUAUCCAGCUCCAUCCUGGACAGGGUAAACCGUGGAGAAAUGGCGAGAGCGCCUUCAGGCUUGAAUUAAAGCCCUCACCACCACCACCACCACGCUCACACCCACAUUGAUUAUUUGGGUGUUUAAAGCUUCUGAUCCUUCCACACCCUGUCUACUCUGGGUACUCCAUGUGCCUGUCCCCUCCCUUGGGUUUCCCAGGCCAGCUUAGGUAAUAGGGAGGAACCAGAGCUACCCUGAGAUUGUCCCAAGUUCCUAGGCAAGUAAUGCCAGUGUUGCCUCCCUGUCCUGGGCAGGGGCCACUUAUUAUUUUAUUUAUUUUUAAUUUAUAAUUUAUUCAAAUUGGAUUGCCUUGGUGACCUCCCAGACCUGAUAAUUGGCAUCACCCCACUCUGACAUUGCUCCAACCUCAGGACUUGAAGAAGCUGAUGUCGGGGCAAGGGAAGAACUGCUCUCCCUUGGCUAAGGGCAGAGGGUUUAUUCCAGAGGACCUGAGUCACUAGCCAAAGACUCAGCUUCCCUUGUUCUUCUCUAUUCCCUUUCCCUUCCCUACCCUUCAAUCCAUCUUUGAAAGCUAAUGUGUGUGUGUGUGUGUGUGUGUGUGUGUGUGUGUGUGUGUGCACAAGCGUGCACAUGCAAGUAUGCACACAAACGUGGGUUUGUGUGGGGUGCGUGUGUGAGAGAAUGUGCAUGUAUGUGUAACACAGGGGUUUAACCACCCCUGACCUAGGGCUUCGGACUCAGUUGCCCCUCUCUUCUACCUGUGUUUCCUUGCUUUGGGGUCCUGACUGAGGAAGGUGUCCAGGGACAGAGUCAGGCCUCAGGACUGGGGGACCUCCUCUCUCCUGACCGGACUCUGACCCACCUACCUCAGCUGGGAGGAGGGGGUGUCCCUCGUAUUCAGUCAUGUGGUUCCCAGUUACCCCAUUCCCCACUCAAGACUCUGACCCAGCCUCAACUCUUAACUCGUGGGGCUUGGCUGAGGGGAACAAGCAUUUGUUGAAACUUGAAAACAAAACAAAACAAAAACAGGAAAAAUUGUACCUGGUACAUUUUUUUUUUAGAAAAAAAAAAUAAAUUCUUGUUUGGAAACUUGAA